AUGGCUAGCCCUCCUGUGCUAGCCUUCGAUGCUGAGGGCCGCCCAGUGAAGUUUGACACCUGGCUAGAUGACCUGCACCUCUUCCUACAGCUCACUGCCAAGGAGGACAUUUCACUGUACGAUCACGCCCUAGGCCAUGCUACUGCCCCUGACACCACUGCUCACAGCACUCUGCGCUCCCAGUGGCAGACCCGUGACGCGCACGCUCGCUUCGCUAUUCGCAACUCCCUACCGCUAGAUGAGCGCGAGCACUUCGGCCAGUGCAAGACUGCUAAGGAACUGUACACAGCCGUAGUUGCUCGUUACUCCUCACCUGCGUCUGCCGCACUAGGCCGCCUCUCACUCCCCUAUCUGUUCCCCGACCUGGCCUCCUUUCACACUGUUGCUGACCUCAUCACCCACCUCAAGACUAGUGAGGCCCGCUUUCGCGCUGCUAUGCCUGCCGAGUUCCUUGCUAGCAACCCCCCCCCGCUCUGGCUCACUCUCUACCACAUUGUCACCCGCCUCCCUGACUCUCUGCGCACAGUCAGGGAUUCCUUUCUAGCUCGCUCCCCUACUGAGCUCACCAUUGCCCUCCUCGAGAAGGACCUACUUGCAGCUGAGGCGAGCAUCGUCGCCGUAGGUGCCUCUCGUGGCGAGCCCCGCACCCCCUUCUUUGAGGGGUGUUCCCCUUCCCCCCUUCUCCCCUCUGUCGCCUCUGCUUCUGCUGUCGACCUCCUUGGUGCUGAGAAGGUCGGGACCGCGUCUGCUCCGAGCGGGCGCCGCAGGACCAAAGGAGGCAAGGGUGGAGGUGGCGGCGGGGGAGGCGGGGGUGGAGGCGGUGGGAGUGGAGGAGGGGCUGGAGAGACUAGUGGCGGCAGUGGGGGUAGUGACGGCAGCGGCGGAGGCGGUGGCAGGGGCGGGGGCGGCAGCGGGGGCGGCGGUGGUCGUGGCAGCGGCAGGGGAGGGGGUGGUCGAGGAGGUGGCAGCGGCGGUGGUGGUCGUGGAGGCGCUGGCGGUGGUCCGAGCCAGCAGCACACUCCGUCGCUCCAGGAGGCCCGUGAGUGGUAUGCGCAGCGUGGGGGGGCGGGUGGCCUUAGCUGCACGUACGUCAUCCGCACUGGUGACCGCGCUGGUCAGACGUGUGGGAAGCCGCACCCCACGCCGCGCUGUUUCGCGCGCCUUGACGACGCUUGGCGCACUCAGUUCCCUGACGGCAAUGAGCUGCCCCGCUGGUUUGAUCUGGAGAAGAAGGGUGUUGAUAUCUGGGCUUUAGACUUUGAUGCUAUUCUCACUGCCAUGUAUGCUAUGUUUACUAGUGGAGAGGGUGCUCAGUACUUGCGUGUUCCGCCCGACCCGGGCAUUCUCACCAGUGAGGCUGCUGCUCUAGGUGCUAGUGCGUCUGCAGCUCCAGGUGCUCGCGUGUCUGCCACCUCAGGUGACGGUGAGGCUGUCGCUCUAGGUGCUGCUGAGUCUGUCUCCCCUGGUACUGAGUCGACUGCGGCACUGCACACCUUCACACUGGACUCAGGUGCUUCUCGCUGUUUCUUUCGAGAUCGCACUGCCCUUGAGCCACUCGCUCGGCCAGUUGCUGUCUCCCUCGCUGACCCCUCUGGGGGUCCGGUCAUUGCGACCUCCUCCACUGUUCUUCCCUGUCCUGCGGUCCCGUCUGGCACACUGUCUGGUCUCUACCUCCCCUCGUUCUCUACGAACUUGGUGGCGGGUAGUGCGCUCCAGGACGGGGGUGUUCACCAGUUCACCCCUGCCUACGAGCGCGUGACACACUGCACGUGUGCUCGGACGGGCCGUCACCUGGCUACCUUCACUCGGCAGCCGGGGUCGGACCUGUACACACUGACCACUGAGUCCCCUCAGGUAGCUGCAUCUGCGUCUGCGUCAGGUCAGCUGUCCGCCCCCUGCUCGUGUCGCUCUCUGGCGCAUGAGACUGUCCUCUGGCACCACCGCCUUGGUCACCCGUCUGUGCAGCGCCUUCGGGCCAUGCACAAACGGGACCUUGUUGCUGGUCUUCCCAGGGUUCUCCCUCCCCUCCCACCCUCGCCUGCUCCUCCCUGUCUUCCCUGUGUCGAGGGGCGGCAGCGCGCCGCUCCUCACUCCUCCUCCUUUCCCCAGACGACUGCUCCUUUGCAGACGCUCCACUUGGACGUGUGGGGCCCAGCCCGCGUCCGUGGACAGGGUCAGGAGAGGUACUUCCUGAUUGUUGUUGACGACUUCUCGCGCUACACCACGGUCUUCCCCUUGCGCGCCAAGGGUGACGUCCCUGAUGUCUUGAUCCCUUGGAUCCGCAGAUCUCGUCUCCAGCUCAGCAAGCGUUUCCACUCCGACUUUCCUGUCCUGCGUCUGCACUCUGACAGAGGUGGGGAGUUUUCCUCCGGCCUCUUGGAGGCCUUCUGUCAGCAGGAGGGCAUUGAGCAGUCGUUCACGCUUCCGGCCUCUCCACAGCAGAAUGGGGUUGCUGAGCGCCGCAUUGGUUUGGUCAUGGAGGUCGCUCGUACCUCCUUGGUUCAUGCGGCUGCCCCCCAUUUUCUGUGGCCGUUUGCAGUCCGAUACGCUGCGCAUCAGCUCAACCUCUGGCCCCGAGUCUCCCUCCCGGAGACUUCUCCGACCCUGCGUUGGACGGGAGAGGCUGGCGAUGCGUCGCGUUUUCGGGUCUGGGGAUCCCGAGCUUUUGUUCGAGACACGUCCGCGGACAAGCUCUCCCGUCGCGCUGUCCCCUGUGUCUUCCUUGGCUUUGUCCCGGACGCCCCUGGUUGGCAGUUCUACCACGCCACCUCGCGUCGUGUCCUGGCCUCUCAGGACGUCACUUUUGACGAGUCCGUCCCCCUACCCCUACUACCGCCUCUUCCCCUACCGCACUGCCCCGCUCCCCCCCCGCCUCUCUUCCUCGCUCCAGGUGCUGAGGUACCAAACCCCCUCCCCCCUCAGGGUGCCACUCCCUCAGGUGUGUCCCAGGUAGACCCGGGUGAGCCUGUCGAGGUAGCUGUCGACUCUCGUCCUACUAGGGGUGCUAAGCCUGGGGGUGCUGAGCCUGGGGGUGCUGUGUCUGGGGGUGCUGAGCCUGGGAGUACUGAGUCUGGAGGUGCGGAGCCUGGGGGUGCUGAGCCUGGAGGUGCGGAGCCUGGAGGUGCGGAGCCUGGGGGUGCUGAGCCUGGAGGUGCGGAGCCUGGAGGUGCGGAGCCUGGGGGUGCUGAGUCUGGGGGUGCUGAGUCUGGGGGUGCUGACCCUGAGCGUGCUACACCUGGAGGACCCCUCUCCUCCCCACAGCUGCAGGAGAGGUACCUACAGUACUGCCGCCUCCGGAGAGGUGCUACUGGAGCUCGUACCAGUACUUCCCCUCCUGCCCAGGAGCUCCCCCCCAUUCAGCAGAUCCGAGAGUGGUACACGCGACGCUGCAGUCUUCGGAGUGGUGCUCCUGGUGCUGCGGACCCUGGGGUUGGCGCUGCUCCUGGUGCUGAGGACCCGGGCGUUGGAGCUGCUGCUGGUACUGCGGACCCGAGCGGUGGAGCUGCUGCUGGUGCUGAGGACCCGGGCGUUGGAGCUGCUGCUGGAGCUGAGGACCCGGACGGUGGAGCUGCUGCUGGUGCUGAGGACCCGGGCGUUGGAGCUGCUGCUGGAGCUGAGGACCCGGGCGGUGGAGCUGCUGCUGGUGCUGAGGACCCGAGCGGUGGAGCUGCUGCUGGUGCUGCGGACCUCCCCGCUGGUGCCUCUACUGGUCCUGGAGACGCUGUGCGGCCGCGACCGUACUUCGUACCGCUUCUUCAGCAGGUUCUUGGUCAGGCUCCUCCUCCUUGUCCUCCUCCCUCCGUAGAGUGUCCUCCGCCUGUCCAGCCGCAGUCACAGUUACCGCCUGCCUCGCCUCUCCCUGCUCCCUCUCCUUACACUUGUCCCACAGGAGGUCUUACAGAGCGUCGUGAGCCUGAGUCUCGUCCUGCGUCGCCUGUUCGUACUGCUCGCACUGGUCGUCGUGUCCCACGUGAGCGUCCACCUCCUGUCCCUGGCACUCACUACAUGACUCUGCGUCCCUCUACUGCUCCUCAGCGUGUCCCUCUGCCGUCUCCUCCUGCGUCCUCUCUACCUACUCUUCCUGACCCGGAGUCUGACUCCCGUCGUGCUGCCAGUCCCACUGUCCCGCGUUUCCUAGCUACUGUUGUCACUGACCCUACCUUUGAGUCCUCUGCUGCGUCUGCUCUGGUCGCUGAGUUGGUUGACUUUGCUGCCCGCUGUCGUCUAGACUACGCCGCUAGCCUAGUUGCUGAGUCUGAUUCUGUCUGUCCUCCGUCCGUCGGGGGUGAGUGUGCUCUUGGCACGGACGUCCUUGAGGACAGGCAGGAGGAGUUCCAGUGCUUUGCUACUGCUUUGCCCCACCUCGUGUCCAUGCUAGUUGCCCCUGAGGGAGACCCGGAUGCACCAGACAUCCCGACCCCGCGCACUUACGCUGAGGCGAUGGCGGGUCCCUACUCCUCUCAGUGGCAUACAGCCAUGGACGCAGAGAUGGCUUCCUGGAAGUCCACACGCACCUACGUCGACGAGGUUCCCCCACCUGGGGCGAACAUCGUCAGUGGCAUGUGGAUUUUCAGGGUGAAGCGGCCACCUGGUUCUCCUCCUGUCUUCAAGGCGCGCUACAUGACCACUCUUCGGGUGCUGCUGCACAUAGCCGCUCAUCGCGACUACGAGCUUCACUCACUUGACUUCAGCACUGCUUUCUUGCAGGGCAGCCUACACGAGGAGAUCUGGCUGCGCCGCCCUCCUGGCUUCACUGGGUCGGUUCCUCCUGGUACCAAGUGGAGGCUCCAGCGGCCGGUCUACGGUCUCCGCCAGGCACCGCGUGAGUGGCACGACACACUGAGGACGACACUUGCGGCUCUUGGGUUCGCUCCCUCUACUGCUGACCCGUCACUGUUUCUACGCACAGACACCUCACUGCCGCCGUUCUACAUCCUCGUGUACGUCGACGACUUGGUCUUUGCCACUGCUGACACCGCGGCACUCGCCCACGUGAAGUCGGAGCUGCAGAGGAGACACACGUGCACAGACCUGGGUGAACUGACAAACUAUCUUGGCUUGCGGAUCACCCGGGACAGAGCACGGCGCACCAUCACCUUGACUCAGUCACACAUGGUGCAGCAGAUCCUUCAGCGCUUCCGCUUCACGUACUCCUCGCCUCAGUCCACUCCUCUGCCUACCGGUCACUCGCUCUCAGCUCUGCCUUCGGAUGAGUCCGUAGAGCCGAGUGGUCCGUAUCCAGAGCUUGUGGGCUGCCUCAUGUACCUGAUGACCUGCACUCGACCUGACCUUGCAUACCCUCUUAGCAUCCUUGCACGCUAUGUCGCUCCUGGCCGUCACAGGAAGGAGCACAUGGAUGCCGCUAAGAGGGUGUUGCGCUACUUGUGCAGUACGUCGGGCAUGGGGCUAGUGCUUGGAGGGCGAGACCGAGUUGUACUUACUGGACACUCAGACGCUUCUUGGGCGGACGACCAGGCUACUCAGCGGUCGUCUCAGGGUUACACCUUCAGCCUUGGCUCCGGCUCAGUUUCUUGGCGUUCUACACGCUCUUCUUCUGUUCUCAGCUCCAGUUGUGAGGCUGAGAUCUACGCCACAGCCAUGGCUGCCCAGGAGCUACGCUGGCUGACCUACCUGCUGACCGACUUGGGAGAGCGGCCUCGUUCUCCUCCAGUGCUGUACGUCGACAACCAGGCUGCCAUUGCCUUGUGUGAGGAGCACAGACUGGAGCACAGAACGAAGCACAUCGCCCUGCGGUACUUCCUUGCUCGAGAGCUGCAGCAGCGCGGUCAGCUUUGUCUGCGUUACGUGGCCACUGAGGCCAACCUUGCUGAUGUGUUCACCAAGGCGCUUCAGCCUUGUGACCAUCAGCGCUUCUGCACUCUGCUAGGCCUUGUGCCUACUGGACCUCACUUGCUUACUUCUUGA